GAAAAAUUAGUAUUUUCUACCUUCUGAAAUUAAUGGCCAUGAGUUCGUAUAUGGUGAACUCUAAGUACGUGGACCCCAAGUUUCCUCCGUGCGAGGAAUAUUUGCAGGGUGGCUAUCUAGGCGAGCAGGGAACCGACUACUACGGCAGCGGCGCACAGGGCGCCGACUUCCAGCCCUCGGGGCUCUACCCACGGCCCGACUUCGGUGAGCAACCCUUCGGAGGCGGCGGGCAGGGGCCUGGCUCAGCGCUACCGGCGCGGGGUCACGGACAGGAGCCGAGUGGCCCAGGAAGUCACUACGGUGCCCCGGGAGAGCCGUGCCCAGCGCCCCCGCCUGCGCCCCUGCCUGGCGCCCGGGCCUGCAGCCAGCCCACCGGCCCCAAGCAGCCGCCCCCGGGGACAGCCCUCAAGCAGCCGGCUGUGGUCUACCCCUGGAUGAAGAAGGUGCAUGUGAAUUCGGUGAACCCCAACUACACCGGCGGGGAGCCCAAGCGUUCCCGGACAGCCUACACCAGACAGCAAGUCCUAGAACUGGAAAAGGAAUUUCAUUUUAACAGGUAUCUGACCAGACGCCGUCGGAUUGAAAUCGCUCACACCCUGUGUCUGUCAGAGCGCCAGAUCAAGAUCUGGUUCCAGAACCGGAGGAUGAAGUGGAAAAAAGACCACAAACUGCCCAACACCAAGGGCAGGUCUUCUUCUUCCUCCUCAUCUUCCUGCUCCUCCUCUUCAGCUGCCCCCAGCCAGCAUUUGCAGCCCAUGGCCAAGGACCACCACACGGACCUGACGACCCUAUAGAAGUGGGGACCCUGAGCCCAUCCCUCCCUGCACUCCAGGUUGAGGCGAAGCUGCGGGUGCAGGCGGGGCCUGCUGUCACCUCACUGGGCUCUAAGGUACUGUGGGGGUGGACCUGGGAC